AUCAGAAGCCGUCUCUGUGCUUACCUGAAGGCAAAAAGUUAGGGACAGUACAGUAUGGCAGCGUGGACUUUGUGGAUGCUCCUGAUGUGUACAGCCCUCCCUGGGCGAGGGGCAAAGGCACAGGAUUGUGGAACGGCGCCUCUGAACACGAGGAUAGUGGGUGGUGAGAAUGCCGCAGCUGGGUCGUGGCCCUGGCAGGUCAGCCUGCACCUCAAUGCUGUAGGGAGUCACAUCUGUGGAGGGACGCUCAUCAGUGACCAGUGGGUGCUCACAGCGGCCCACUGCAUCUUGAUCAACUCUCCAAGUGCUUGGACGGUCUACCUUGGAAGAGAGACUCAGAGUGGCCCGAAUGUUAAUGAGGUGAGCCGCACGCUGUCCCAGAUCAUCGUCCAUCCCGACUACAACAACACCUUGUUUAACAACGACAUCGCCCUAAUGAGGCUCAGCAGUCUCGUCAGCUUCACUAACUUCAUAAGACCCGUCUGCCUGGCGAGUAACACCAGCCAGUUCUACAACUCCACUUCCUGCUGGGCUACUGGCUGGGGCAGGCUGGGAAAGGAUGGUGAGUAUCCUGCAGACUUUUCAUCUAGUGUCAAGGUGACUCAGGUGGACCUCUACAGUGCAAACAAGGCACAAGCUCUCACUGGGCAAGAAUGUCGAGCUCAACAGGGCCUGGAUGUUGCGUUUCUGCUGGACGGCUCAGGCAGCGUAGAUGCAACUGCUUUUCAAAGAGCAAAGGAAUUUAUGGGAACUCUGGUUGCCUUCUUCAUGGGGGAAGAUGCAAAGUUUGCCAUUGCCCAGUUCUCCACAAGCCCCUACAUCCAUUAUUACUUUGAUACAUUUGAUGCUAAUAACUGGCAAAGUCAAAUUAAGGGAAUAAGACAGUUAGGUGGAUGGACUUUCACUGCUUCUGCCAUCAAACAUGUUGUCCAAGACGUCUUCUCACCACAAAGAGGUUCCAGGUCAAAUGUGACGAAGGUUCUGAUAGUCAUCACAGACGGACAAUCUAAUGACCGGGGAAACUUGGCAGAGGCAGUAAAUUCAGCUGAAAGUAAAAACAUUGUUCGAUUUGCUAUUGGGGUCGGGAAUGUAUUUACUGAACCUCAUGCAAAACAGGAACUGGACACCGUUGCAUCUCCUCCCCCAGAAAGCCAUGUGUUUCAAGUAGAGAGCUUUGAUGCACUUGAAACAAUAAGACAGAAUUUGCAGGACCAAGUCAUCUCUUCCCAAGUUGACUGUGGAACGGCGCCUUUGAACACGAGGAUAGUGGGUGGUGAGAACGCCCCGGCUGGGUCGUGGCCCUGGCAGGUCAGCCUGCACCUCAAUACUGUGAACAGUCACGUCUGUGGAGGGACACUCAUCAGUGAGCAGUGGGUGCUCACAGCGGCCCACUGCAUCUUGAUAAAGUCACCUAGUUCAUGGACCAUCUACCUUGGAAAAGAGACUCAGAGCGGCCUGAACGUUCAUGAGGUGAACCGUACGCUGUCCCAGAUCGUCCUCCAUCCUGACUACAACAACACAUUUUUGAACAACGACAUCGCCCUAAUGAAGCUCAGCAGACCUGUCUUUUUCACUGACUACAUCAGACCCGUCUGCCUGGCGAGUAACACCAGCCAGUUCUACACCUCCACUUCCUGCUGGGCUACUGGCUGGGGCAAUCUUGGAAAGAAUGUGUCCUUGCCCUCCUGGACUCCACUGCAGGAGGUUCAGAUUCCUGUCGUUGGAAACAAGCAGUGUAGUUGCAACUACAUCCCUGUACGAUGGGCAAACAUCACUGACCGAAUGAUUUGUGCGGGUCAAGAGAACAAAGGAGCAUGUCAGGGUGACUCAGGUGGACCUCUGCAAUGCAAACAAGGCACAAGGUGGGUCCAGGCUGGCAUUACCAGUUUUGGAGUACCUUGUGCCCUGGCUGGUUUCCCUGCAGUCUAUGCCCGAGUGUCUGAGUUCCAGGAUUGGAUCAUGGGUCAAGUGGCGGGAGCGAAUGUUAACUUUGUGACCUUCACCUCCACUGGCACCGACCCAGACAGCAGCUUUGUGUGUCGCAGCACAGACACAGGAACUACAACCGCAGUGGAAACUGUAACCACACUUGGAACUGCAACCACAGUUGAAACUACAACCACAGUUGAAACUACAACCACAGUUGAAACUGCAACCACGGUGGGAACUACAAACACACUUGGAUCUACAACUACAGUGGGAACUGCAACCUCUCCAUCUUCCACAGCAUCAACUGUUACAACUGAGCUUGUGUUUGUUGUCAUCUCAGGCACAGUGUUCCUGCAGCACGUCUUAGCUAUAUAUCAGGAGUCAGCUCUCACUGAGCAAGAAUGUCGAGCUCAACAGGGCCCAGGUGUUGCAUUUCUGCAGGACGACUCGGGCAGCAUAGGUGCACUUGAUUUUCAAAGAUUGAGGGAAUUUGUGAGAAAUCAGGUCGUCUCAUUCACGGGAAAAGAUGCAAAGGUGGGAAGUGCAUUUACAAGACCUGAUGCAAAAAUAAGCCACGAUUUGCAGGACCAAGUCAUCUUUUCCCAAGUUGAUUGUGGAACGGCUCCUCUGAACACGAGGAUAGUGGGUGGUGAGAACGCCCCGGCUGGGUCGUGGCCUUGGCAGGUCAGCUUGCACCUCAAAAUUGUGAACAGUCACGUCUGUGGAGGGACACUCAUCAGUGACCAGUGGGUGCUCACAGCAGCCCACUGCAUAUUAAUAGAGCAGCCUGCUUUAUGGACCAUCUACCUUGGAAGAGAGACUCAGAGCGGCCCGAAUAUUCAUGAGGUGAAACGUACGCUGUCAAAGAUCAUCGUCCAUCCUGACUACAAUAAGACCUCGCUGAACAACGACAUCGCCCUAAUGAAGCUCAGCAGCCCCGUCAGUUUCACCAACUACAUCAGACCCGUCUGCCUGGCGAGUAACACCAGCAAGUUCUACACCUCCACUUCCUGCUGGGCUACUGGCUGGGGCAAUCUUGGAAAGGAUGUGUCCUUGCCCUCCUCGACUCCACUGCAGGAGGUUCAGAUUCCUGUCGUUGGAAACAAGCAGUGCAGUUGCAACUACAUCCCUGUACGAGGGGCAGACAUCACUGACCGAAUGAUUUGUGCGGGGCAAGAGAACAAAGGAGCAUGUCAGGGUGACUCAGGUGGACCUCUGCAAUGCAAACAAGGCACAAGGUGGGUCCAGGCUGGCAUUACCAGUUUUGGAGUACCUUGUGCCCUGGCUGGUUUCCCUGAGGUCUAUGCCCGAGUGUCUGAGUUCCAGGAUUGGAUCAUGGGUCAAGUGGCGGGAGCGAAUGUUUACUUUGUCACAUUCACCUCCACUGGCACCGACCCAGACAGCAGCUUUGUGUGUCACAGCACAGACACAGGAACAACAACCACUCCAUCUUCCACAGCAUCAACUGUUAAAACUGAGCUUACGUUCAUUGUCAUCUCAGUCACAAUGUUCCUGCAGCAUAUUUUAGCUCUGUAGAACAGUGUUUUUGUGCUUACAACCUCUUUAAGUUGCACUCUGUUUUGUUGUCUUGUGUUUGUCUUUCUAAUCAUUUCAUCAAGUUUCAGAUGAUAUUUAUGUAUAGCAUCAUAAUGAUAAUGACCGAGAUUGAAUGAUGAAAGUGUUAAAGAAAACUGUCUCCUAAAAAAUCAGUUAUAACCAAAAAGUCUCUGCUUAAUGUCAAAGAGAAAAUGAAGCAUUGUGUUGUCAAUGUAACAAAAAGUGUAUCUUUCUAAGAGAGUUUGAUUUGACCAUCAGUUACAGUAUAGGGGACUUGGAGGUUUAAAAGAUUAUGGCAGGAAAAUUGUUGCUGGUCUGCAUUCUGAACCCAAACCCUCAGAACAUUUCUUCUUCUCAGCAGGAAAACAUGUAGUAAAUGUGCAUUUAUAACACUUCUAGAUGUUGUACUUGAUAAUCAGAAACAUGACAAACAUGUAUAUGAUUUAUAUACUGUGAGAUUAGAUAAGGAUAUUCAGUAGUUCUUUUUUUAAAUGUGUCCAUUGUCAGGACACUUGAGUAAUUGGCUCCCUGGAAAAGCACUUUGUAAAUGCAGUCUGUUUACCAUUUAUCCAUUUAAGGUAUACAAGCCUGAAGUGUUAUGCACACACACUACUCCUUGAAAUGAACGUGUCAUCCCAGUGUUGUAUUUUUGGAUGGACUAUUGAUCGACAGCUAUUUUUUCAGAUAUUACAUAAUAUAUUGCGGCAAUUGAGGGUCAAUUACAUCUUAAAGAAAAAGUCUGUCAUAUUUGUCCAGUAAAUAUGAUGCUUUGUACAAAACAGCGAGAAACGGCAAGUUCAAAGUCAGCAACAUGCUUCCUGAAACCUUCACUGGUUUCCUGACAACCCUUUUGUGACAGCAAGAGUUACUACCACUGGCCAAGAAAAAAAAAAUCCAGCACAUAUGCCCCUGUAAACCCAUAACCUUUUCUUUUUUUGUGCUUCAUGUGAGAGUUCUGUUAAUCUUCAUCAACAAAUACUACAGAAUAAUGAGCAGCCUGAAAAGUGAGACAUUUUUCGUGGAAGUUUCCUACAUUAAUUGCAUGCAUGAGAGAUAAAUAUAGAUAGAAAAUAGAAGUGAGUUGUGCACAAAGGUGACAUUGUGGUUAGAACGGCCCGCGGUUGGGUGUAGAUUUGACUAUUGAAGGUUGAAUGUUUUUUUUACAUGUUUGUGAAACAGAAAGCUAGAUGCUUGCUGCAACACUCUGACUGGUAUUUCAGGCCAAAGCAGCAAUGACAACCACGAGAACAGGAAGGUCUGUCUGUUUUGUAUGUGAAUGUGAGAUGGGACUAUUCAGAAAGCAAAGUUUAAAUGUCAUUGACAAAGGUUUGCAAGCUAAGAAAUUUGUGUUUGGUCUGUCCAUGUCAAUGAGCAACUAUAAUCCAUUAAAGGAGACUUCUGCUCA